ACAACUCAUCCAAGCCUCAUCUUCCUCAAUCUCUCACUCCAUAUAUUGUUCAACCCUUGUGAUGCGAAUUGCUCUCCUGCCUCCUGCGGCAUCAUCCACAAUAUCAGCCUCCCUUUCCACCUCAAAGGCAACAAGUGCGGUGAUCCAAGAUUUGAAUUAGCAUGUGAAAAUAAUGUGACCUCAGUCUCUCUUAAUUCACAAAAAUACUAUGUCAAAGCCAUCACCUACAGCAACGACACUGGCUACCUAAACAACUCCAUUAGGCUGGUCGAUGCUUCCAUAAACAAUAACGACAUCUGCUCGUUUCCUGCCUUUUCUACAGUUUCCUAUGACUUCUCAUAUCUUCCUUACGGAUUCCCAAUUUGUUCUGGCCCUCCUCCCUAUAAUUGUAAACCCUUCCUUAUUAACUUUAUAAGCUGCCCAACUUCCUUGAGGAAUUCAUCCCUUUUUACUGAUAUCACUACUCAUUGCAUCUCUAACUCAUCCCAUCACAGAUAUAUCAGGGUCGGCCGCAUGAAGGUCUCAGAGGUGCCAUACACCUGUAGACUAGACCUCAAAGCGAUGACAUCCUUGGAUUUUAAGGAUUUGAACAACGUUUCGCUUUCACAAAUCCACGAGUCCCUCUUGUAUGGAUUUGAACUCACCUUCUGCCACAGCAGUUGUGGAGGAGGGGGACCACCCAAAAUCUUAGGAAUUUUGUGGUAUCUCAUAAUUCCUUUUGCCAUUCUUGGUAUGUUAUGUGCAUUUGUAAGCCCUCCUGUAUUUGCCAUCCUUGGAUUCGCCACUGUGUCACUACUCUCAUAUGAUAUAGUUGGUAUUUUCAAUGUAAUUAUAUAUUACGAUCCGGAGAUCCACCAAAUGAACUACCAGUACUCAUCAUCGUUUGUUACUCAUCUCAUGACAGAGCUCAUCAUCGUGUUACCAAGAGUUAUCAUUUUUCUGUUCGUGUCGUGGUUUUUGAUCUACAAAUUUCGAAGAAGGCAUUUGUCUGAAUAUAGUAUAAUAGAAUCCUACCUUCAAAGUGACAACAAACUAUUACCAAUCAGAUAUUCAUAUUCAGACAUAAAGAGAAUGACAAGAGGUUUCCAAGAAAAAUUAGGUGAAGGAGGUUAUGGUUGUGUUUACAAAGGAAAGUUUCGAAGUGGGCAUGAUGUAGCAAUAAAAAUGUUGGGAAACGCCGGAGGAAGUGGGAGCGACUUUAUGAAUGAAAUAGCAACUAUUGGAAGGAUACAUCAUGUCAAUGUGGUCAAAUUAGUUGGAUAUGUUGUAGAAGACUCCAAGCGUGGCCUCAUAUUUGAUUUCAUGCCCAAUGGUUCUCUUGAUAAGUAUCUCUUGAAUCAAGAAAGAAUGAGUUCCUUAAACUGGGCUACAAAGUUUGAUAUUGCAGUUGGAAUAGCGCGAGGGCUCGAAUAUUUACAUCGAGGGUGUGGCAUCCAAAUUCUUCAUUUUGAUAUCAAGCCCCAUAACAUACUCCUCGACCAUAACUUCAUUCCCAAAAUAUCUGAUUUCGGGCUAGCAAAGUUAUGCUCCGUAGAGAAGGAGACAGUGACCUUAAUUGCUGCUAGAGGAACUAUAGGGUAUGUUGCUCCAGAACUCAUCAACAGAGGUAUUGGCAGAGUAUCUUCCAAGGCGGACGUGUAUAGUUUUGGGAUGUUGUUGAUCGAAAUGGUGGGGUUAAACAGAGAGUUGAGAGGAAAUAACGAUGAUUCUACAAAAUAUUUCCCAUAUUGGAUAUAUGACCACAUCAACCAAGGUGAGGAGAUUGAAAUUGAAAAGGUGGAGCAAAACAAUAACACUGAUGAGAAUGAGGUUAUUCGGAAGAUGACAAUAGUUGCAUUAUGGUGUAUACAGAUGAGUCCAGAUAACCGUCCAUCAAUGAAUCAAGUAUUGGGUAUGUUAGAAUCUGAUGUUGAACAACUGCAGAUUCCAAAGAUUCCACCAUCACAACCAAACCAAAUUACAGGAAAUAAGGAAGAGAGUUGGCUUACAGAUGCAACUGAUUCUGCAUCUUUGCUCCAUCAUAACAAUUCUAGCAACUUUGAGAUUACUUUUGCAUAAACCUCUACAUCCCAAUCUUUCUGCCGCCAUCCAUCUCUUCUUCGAAUGAUCAUGGAAAUUAAUUUAUGCAAUAUGUAAGCUUUACUGUUGUGUUUAAAUGGUCAGCGCACAAUACUUGUUCUGAAUCUAGAUCCAUUUCAUGUAAUUUCUGCUGCAUAUUAGAUAAUGACAUGAGACCUAGCAGUGAGUUAUGUAAUAAGAGUAUAAUGAGAAUGAUAAAGGAGCACGAUAUGAAGUAGAGCCUAUAUAUUGAUGGUUAUGUUUUUGUUUAGUAACAGUCAGAUGUAAUCAUGUAAUCAAUAAAUCCCUUC